AUGGCUCCAGAAGCGCUCGCCGGUCACAAGAGAAAGCGCGUUGUCGAAAAAGGCGCUGCCGAGAAGCGCUCAAAGUCCAAAGCCUCCUCCAAAAACGCAGCCACCGAUGGCGACGACGACGAACAAGCUCGAAUCCUGCUCCUAGAGAGCCAGAUCACCGAGUCGCGCCGCCACUACAACAACAUUGUCGAGCUGAUCAAGCUGGCAAAAGAUGACGGUGCGGAGGAAUCGGCGACGCUCGCCAUUGUCGCGCUUUGCCGCGUUUUCUGCCGGCUGCUGGUCGCUGGGAGCAUGAAGAAAAGCAAGGGCUUGCCGGAUUCGGAGGUCAUGAUCAUCCAGUGGCUGAAAGAGCGGUACAAGGAAUACGCGGAUGUGCUUCUACAGCUGUUGAAGAGUGGGAACCCUAUUUUGCAGAGCACUGCGCUCACUCUGGCCAUGCGCUUGGUCAAGGAGGAGACUUCGGCGCAGAAAGGCUCUGGAGAAGAUGCAUGGAGAAACGGCUUGUUCUACCAGUUGGUGUACGCCCUUCUCGCCUCUACUAGCGCAGAGCAUGCGCGUGAGGAAUUCGUGGAGAAGUUCAUUGAAGAGCAUGAUGAUGUGAGGUUUUACGCCCUGGUUGCCAUUGCAUCGUGCCUCAAAAACCCGUCUUCGCCUGUGGAGCAAGAGCAGAUCAUCGUCAGUAGCUUGUCGGUCCUGUCUGACCUCGAAGGCGUUCCGGAAUCCAAGGACGAGCUUGAGAAUUUCUAUGGCCCGGAGCCCGACCAUCAAAAACACCAGCUCUACUCGCUGUCCGCGCACAAGAGACAAGGCCAAGAUGCCUGGCUAGCUCUGUUCCGAUCAGGCUUGAACAAGGAGCAAAGGAAGUCUGUUUUGAACAUUAUGACUUAUAAGGUCACCCCGUGGUUCUCCAAGGUUGAGAUGCUCAUGGAUUUUCUCACUGACUCGUAUAAUGUUGGCGGUGGUACCUCGCUGCUAGCGCUUUCCGGCCUCUUCUUCCUGAUUAGGGAGAAGAACUUGGAUUACCCCUCGUUUUACGGCAAGCUUUACUCCCUCCUGGACGAGGGAAUCCUGCACUCGAAACACAGAUCACGGUUCUUCCGACUUUUGGAUGAGUUUAUGUCGUCCACCCACUUGCCGGCCGCGCUGGUAGCCAGUUUUAUCAAGCGACUCUCGCGGCUGGCACUUCAUGCGCCUCCAGCGGGAAUUGUUGUCGUUGUGCCUUGGGUGUACAACAUGCUGAUGAAGCACCCUGCAUGCACCUUUAUGAUCCAUAGAGUGAUACGAGGGCCGGAGGCGCGGAAAAGGCUUGAAGAUGAAGGGAUGGACGAUCCGUUCGAUAUGGAGGAGUCCGAUCCGAUGGAGACUGGCGCUAUCGAGAGCAGUCUCUGGGAACUCGAGACAUUGCAAUCCCACUACCACCCCAACGUGGCCACACUUGCCAAGAUCAUCUCCGAGCAGUUCACCAAGCGAUCCUACAAUCUAGAGGACUUCUUGGACCAUUCAUACAAUGGCUUGAUUGAAGCAGAGUUUGGCAAAGAGAUGAAGAAGACUCCAGUCGUGGAGUAUGAAAUCCCGAAGAGGAUCUUCACGGCGGAUGACUCUGGCUUGGGACCUCUUGGCGGACUUAUGAGCAGGGUGUUGGAGACUUUUACAGUUGAAACGCUCAGCAUGUCCGAGGACAGCGAAUUGCAAGCAAAGAUCGCGGCUCUGGCCGGAAGGAUCAACGUCCACAAGCAGCAACAGCAGCAGCAGAACGAGAACUACCAGCCGCCCACUUACCACGGUCGCGGUCGUGGACGUGGCGGUUGGGCACCCUACCGUGGCACCCCAUAUGGCGCUCCGCGUGGCCGCGGUGGCAAGGUGUUCAAUCGCACUCUGGUCUUGAACAACAACCGAGCCAGUAACGCUUCCGCCGAUAUCACUUCCCCGACCAACGGAACUACUGCAGACGGCGCUCCUUCGUCGCACGCCAAUGAGGCAUCCGGAUGGGUUGUCAAGCGCGACAGGCAUAUGCAGCUGAUCAACCCGGCCAUCUAUGAUCAGGUGGCCCAGCAGCGAGCCAAAGAUAUAGAGCAGAGCACUGAGCAGCGCCGCCAACAGCGUAAUCUGAAGGAAAAGGCCAGGCUCAGCAAACACUUUCAGAUCAAGCAGGAGGCGUCUGUUGGGAACCAGGCUGCCACGACCCCGCACAACUACGAAAUCGAAGUCGAUAACAUCCGCUUCCGCGUCACCGAUGGCGGCAGCAAGCUCGUCAGGAUCUCUAGCGAUCCCAACACGGCGCGGGCAACUCCAAAGCAGGCCAAGAUUGGCGGCGUCACGUUCUUGAGGAGCAAGAACGGCAACCUCUACCGUUCUGGACUCAUCAAAAACAAACAGAACAAGCCUAUCAAGAAGAUUAACGAGCCUUGCCCAAGGUUCACUACCACCGGAACAUGCGCCAAGGGGCCGCAGUGCCGUUAUCAGCAUGACCCGAACAAGGUUGCCAUCUGCAAAGACUAUUUGCUGAGGGGCAGCUGUGCGCUUGGCGACGGGUGUGACCUGUCGCACGACCCCACACCCAAUCGCGUCCCUGCAUGCGUGCAUUUCCUGCGCGGCAACUGCACCAACGACGAUUGCCGCUACGCGCACAUCAGAGUUAACCCAACGGCGGCCGUGUGCCGUGCUUUCGGGACUCUCGGCUACUGCGAGAAGGGAACUGACUGCGCUGAGCGCCAUGUGUUUGAGUGUCCUGACUAUGCUAACCAUGCAGUCUGCCGCAACCCCAAGUGCCGGCUUCCUCACGUUGACCGGGCCGGCCAGAUCCGCAAGGCAGCCGCUGCGCAGACGGCCAGCGCCGAGCUGGGAUCUCCGGAUUUGUCGAGUGACGAUGAGUACGACGAGAUCGACAGCGACGACGUUGAUUCGGAUGAGGAGAUUGAGGAAGACGUUGUCAUGCAAGGCUCGGAUGCCAACGGCCAGGAGCUGUCGCAGCAACAGGACUUUGUGAGCUUCUGA